AUGGCGCCCACCCAUUCCACUUCAAGUUCUUUGAGUCUCAAGUCUUUACCACCAAUAUUCAUUCUUCCCACCCAUCUGAAGCCAGAAGAACUCCAUGAGGUAGAGGAUCAGAUCUUCAGUCUAGGCGGCGCAUUGACAUAUGACCCCAAAGAAGCAAGAGUGUUUCUGGGUCGUAUCACUCAGAAGAAGCGCGCUGCAUUUGACUUGCGGGCCAAGGGAGUUUGGACCCAGGAGGCGACUCUGCCUGAAGUCAGCACCGGUACCAAUGGUGGCGUUCACGAUGAGGAUGCGGGACCAGCACGUAAGAAGCGCCGAGUCGAGCCUGACGUACGCGAUAACAGAACCGGGACGAGACAUAGGCCGAGGAGUGUGAGGUCAAGCUCAAGCUCGACGUCGACGGCCUCGACUGUGUCCACGCACUCAGCGCCCCCUGGACCCGAGUCCAAAUCCAUGUUUCCCGACCUCACCGACCACAUUCUCAUUCUGAAACUCGACUGGCUCGAGGCAUGUAUUACAGAGCAGCGAUUGGUUGCCUGCGAACCAUACAUCGUCUACACUGCCAAAGUGGUCCCUAAACCUUCUAGAGAAACCACUCCCAAGCCGCUACACGAUCCAGUGACAUACGUCAAAGCCACAGCCGCUCCAGCUUCUCCAGGGACAUCGAUCCUCGAACGCGCAAAGGCGGAAGCCUCAAAUCUUCCAUCGUCAGGCAGCUCAUACUCAUCUCGGCGGCGAUACGGAGACCACGGCAACAUGGCUCGAGACUCUACAUCUCCCACGGUCCGCAAGACGCCUAAACUCCACCGGACCACAACUUCAGAAUUCGAAGAACUAGCCGCUCAUCCCCUACCCCCUCUACCAGACUGGGCUACAGGAAAAUACGCAGCAUAUUCAUGCUGCCGCUCAACACCGAUGAACCCUCCCAACAGUGCAUUCAUCGCGCAACUAACCAAGAUCCGGGACGCACGGAUCCUAAUCCUCGACGACAUCGGGGUCCGCGCAUACUCCUCAUCAAUCGCCAGCAUCGCCGCAUACCCAUACCUUAUCAGACACGCGGAAGAAAUCAACCGGUUGCCCGGAUGCAACGAGAAGAUCGCCAUGCUCUGGAACGAAUGGUACCAUUCCGGCCCCGAGGACUCCGAGCGAUCAAUCCAGACAGUGACGGACCUAGAAAACGACAUCGACCUGCAACAUCUCCGCCUGUUCUGGAACAUCUGGGGCGUGGGACCCGAAACAGCGCGCAAAUUCUACUUCGAGCACGGAUGGCAAGACUUAAACGACGUAGUUGAGUUCGGGUGGUCGACGCUCAAUCGCGUCCAGCAGAUCGGAGUCAAAUACUACGAUGAGUUCCAGGAGAAGAUCCCGCGCGCCGAAGUCGAGCAGAUCGGCGAGGUUAUUCAUCGUCAUGCCCGCGGUGUGCUGGAUAUAAAAUCCAGCCAGUAUGGCACGCCCGAGGAUGUCGAGUGUAUUAUUGUCGGUGGAUAUCGGAGAGGAAAGACCGCUUCAGGGGAUGUCGAUGUGGUCCUCAGUCAUCGUGAUGAAUCUAAAACUCAGGAUUUGGUGGGGUAUGUCGUGCGCAGUUUGGAGAUCGAGGGUUGGAUCACGCAUACCUUGACCCUGCAUACUACUACUUCUGAUCGGGCGCAGGCGACUGUGCCGUUUCGUGCGGAACGGCAGGGGCGUGGUGGGUUUGAUAGUCUUGAUAAGGCGCUUUGUGUGUGGCAGGAUCCACAUUUUGAAGGAGCGGACGAGGGAGGGGGAGGAGAGGGAGAGGAAGAUGACGAGGAGAAACCGAAAGUGAAGAAUCCAAAUAUUCAUCGGAGAGUCGAUAUCAUUAUUUCCGCUUGGCGCACCGUCGGCUGUGCCGUGCUUGGAUGGAGUGGUGGGAAUACUUUCCAGCGCGACAUGCGGAGGUUUGUCGCGAAUACCCGUGGCUGGAAGUUUGAUAGUUCUGGUGUUCGGGACAGGGCUACGGGGAUGGUUUUGGAUUUGGAAAGUCCGAGAAGGAGGAAAAGGUCAGGAGGUGGUGAUGGUGGUGGUGGUGAUGAUAAUGAAAAGAACAACUCAAUCAAGAAUGAGCCUGAUCCUGUUACAAAAACUGGCCGACAGCAUGUUGAUGGCGAUGCCGGUGAUGAUGACGAUGGUGACUAUGAAUGGGACGACGCGGAUACAUGGCACGAUCGUGAACGGAGGCUCAUGGAUGGUCUGGGGAUCGGAUACCGACCUCCGGAAGAGAGGUGUACGGGUUGA